UACAUUGGCGCUGAAGUAUAGAUAUUAAUGACAAGGAAUUCCUACGGCUAUAGAGUGUAUAACUGUUAUGAUUUAAAUUUUAAGCUUUUCACUUCAUCUUGUAAGUAAAUGGCAGUAUAAUAUUCUAGAAAUUACUGUUUAUAAGUCGUCAUAAAUAGUGAGUGCAACAAUGACGCUCACAAAUAAGAUGGAAAUAGAUGAAAAAAUUUCGAAGGGAGAAGGUUUUAAACCAUAUUACAUUACUAAAAUCGAAGAGCUGCAGUUAAUUGUGGCUGAGAAAAGUCAAAAUUUGAGGAGAUUACAAGCACAGCGUAAUGAGCUUAAUGCAAAAGUACGUAUGUUGCGUGAAGAAUUACAACUUCUCCAAGAACAAGGUUCAUAUGUUGGAGAAGUUGUUAAACCAAUGGAUAAAAAGAAAGUUCUAGUGAAAGUACAUCCUGAAGGAAAAUUUGUAGUGGAUAUAGAUAAAAACAUUGAUAUUAAUGAUGUAACACCAAAUUCAAGAGUGGCAUUACGCAAUGAAAGUUAUACUUUGCACAAAAUUUUGCCAAAUAAAGUUGAUCCACUUGUUUCACUCAUGAUGGUAGAGAAAGUUCCAGAUUCUACAUAUGAAAUGGUUGGUGGAUUAGAUAAACAAAUUAAGGAAAUCAAGGAAGUUAUAGAAUUACCUGUUAAACAUCCUGAAUUAUUUGAUGCUCUUGGAAUUGCUCAACCCAAAGGAGUACUCUUAUAUGGGCCACCAGGUACUGGGAAAACUUUACUAGCAAGAGCAGUAGCUCAUCAUACAGAAUGUACUUUUAUUCGGGUAUCUGGUUCUGAAUUGGUACAGAAGUUCAUUGGUGAAGGUUCGCGUAUGGUUCGUGAACUUUUUGUAAUGGCAAGAGAACAUGCUCCCUCUAUAAUAUUUAUGGAUGAAAUAGAUUCAAUUGGAAGUUCUCGUAUUGAAUCCGGAUCUGGAGGCGAUAGUGAAGUUCAACGAACUAUGCUCGAAUUGCUCAACCAGUUGGAUGGUUUUGAAGCCACAAAGAAUAUAAAAGUCAUUAUGGCAACCAACAGAAUUGAUAUAUUAGAUCCUGCUUUAUUGAGACCUGGACGUAUAGAUCGUAAAAUUGAAUUUCCACCUCCAAAUGAAGCAGCACGUCUUGACAUUUUGAAAAUUCACUCGAGAAAAAUGAAUCUAACCCGAGGUAUAAACUUAAGAAAAAUUGCCGAACUUAUGCCUGGUGCAUCAGGAGCAGAAGUCAAGGGUGUAUGUACAGAAGCUGGUAUGUAUGCUCUCAGAGAACGUCGUGUUCACGUUACUCAGGAAGAUUUUGAAAUGGCUGUAGCCAAGGUGAUGCAAAAAGAUUCAGAAAAAAAUAUGUCAAUCAAGAAAUUGUGGAAGUAAUUGGUCACUGUUUCCAUACUGUUUUGCAUCUUUUGUAAAACCGUUUGUGAAUAAUAUAUAAUCUUAAUUGAAAUGUACACAAAAUAAAAAAUAUAAUUACAA